UUAUAUUCUAAGUACUACGAGGACCCCGAUCUGUGAUUUUCUCUAGUGUAACGCGUGUUGGAAAUACCCAAGAAAAAUUACGUCCAUUUACGCCGUUACAAAAUACUUUUAGCAAGCUGAUGACCAGAGAUCGAACCAGUGUGCUUAGUGCGAGUUUCUUAACGUUCUCGAUAGCGUAAAAGUUAACCCAAUUUUGUAUGCAGUUGGAACAGCGCCCCUAGCGGCAAACGUACACAAACGAUCCCAAAUAUGAGCUAACUUUUACGCUAUCGAGAACGUUAAAAAACUCGCACUAAGCACAUAGAACCCCCUUUUAAAGCGAAAUUUACUAAACAUAACAGUUUUCUACAAAAACCGAUUUAAUUUGAAUUUAAGAAACGCUGUCUGGUUACGUUCUCGACGUUGUGUCAUUAGUAAGUGGCAAAGUCGUUUAGUUCACAGUUUGAGCUUUUAGAGGUCGACCGGCGUCGUCGGAUCCACUCGACGCCGUUUGACCUUUCGCAUCCUGGUCGCAACAGGAAUAUUUCGCGCUAAGCCGUAUCCGCCGAGAUCUCAGGACCGCUCCCGAAAUCGUUGCAACAAUUAAACGAGAGCGGCGCGUACGGUAAUCGAGUAACACGAUUACGAAACUAUAAAAUAUUAUAUGGAGUUAAGUUACGUUACGUAUGUAGGUAUUUCGAGUGGCGAAUUGGCCGUUCGCCGGCGUCAAGUGAAGCAGGCGCCAGUGCCGCGCCGACCGCCGUGUGAUUCGAACGUUGUCAGCGUCGCAUCCGGACGCCGCCCGCGACUCGCGCUACCCUGUGUACCUGUGUCCUGUGUUAUACCCCUAAAAAGUACGUAAACAAAUCCCUUUAUCAAUCAAGUCGUGAAAGUGCGCAGUGAUAUCGGAGCGGCAUCAACGCGUGCGUACACAUUGCAUGUUUUUACGAGUGAUAGUUAGAAUCUGUUGUAUUCUACAGGUGCCUGCUCGUUCUUUAUUAAUUGAAAAGUGAUUGUAAGGCGGUCACGGCCGAGGCACACAUGUCCGGCCCAGUUUUCACGAUCGUCGAAUAGGGCGCUACUAGUGUGCACUCGUCUCGCGAACCAGCAUGUAGUGGAUACGAACAAGUGAAAAAUAAUUUGAUUGCGUGCUAAACGAGAGACGAAAUGGCCGAGACGAUGGCUUACGAACCAGCGAUGGACGAUGAAGUUUACGAUUAUGAUACCACCAAAAUCCCGGAGAUCGUGACCCCUGACGACAUGAACGAGUCCGGGUAUCAGGAGGGCUCCGAGCAGAGCUACGGGGAUCGCAGGGAUUCCAAGGAGGGCUUCGGCGGCGAGGGCGAUUCCGACAGCGGCGUGGACGGCGUGAGCAGCGGCUGCAGCACCGCGGACGACUGCCCGGUCGUGUCAAUCAACGACGUGGUCGCGUACUACGAUCACAUCCGGCCGAGGAGGCGGCACGUGCCACAGCUCAGCUUCUACACCGUCGACAUCGAGAGGAUGACGCUCGAGGCUAUUGCUCAGAGCGAAUCGAGCUAUACAUCGUCAGAAGAAGGGUGCGGUGCGGGAGAGCGUCACGCCGUGCUCAGCUACGAGCAAGUGCGGCGGCUCAAUGACGUCAUGGACGAGGUGGUGGCCAUCCACGGUCGCGGCAACUUCCCUACGCUGCACGUGCGCUUACGCGAGCUUGUAGCUGGGGUGCGAGCCCGCCUGGAGCUGGCGCAGGCGGCUGGCGGGGCCGGGGUCUCCGUACGGGAUGUCCGCCUCAACGGCGGCGCUGCCAGCCACGUGCUCGGCGACAACCCACAGCCUUACUCCGACAUCGAUCUCAUCUUCACUGCGGAGCUGCCCACGGCCCGUCACUGCGACCGCGUUAAGGCCGCGGUGCUCGGACACUUGGCCACCCUGCUGCCUCCAGCGACGCCUCGACGUCGCACAACACCUGCUGGACUAAAAGAGGCUUACGUUUCCAAAAUGGUCCGCGUGAACUCGGACGGUGACCGCUGGUCUCUCAUUUCUCUCGGCAACUCUCGCGGACACAAAUCCGUGGAACUCAAGUUCGUGGACAACAUGCGCCGUCAGUUCGAGUUCUCGGUAGACUCGUUCCAGAUCGCUCUCGACUCCCUGCUCGCGUUCCACGAGUGCGCCCAGCUGCCGAUCGGGGAGAACUUUUAUCCCACUGUCGUCGGUGAAUCCGUUUACGGCGACUUUAACGAGGCCCUGCAUCACCUGUCAGAGAAAUUGAUAGCGACGCGGCAACCCGAAGAGAUCCGCGGCGGAGGCCUCCUGAAGUAUUGCGCUCUGCUAGCCAAGGGCUACAGAGCCGCGCGUCCCGACAAGAUUAAGACCCUCGAACGCUAUAUGUGCUCGAGGUUCUUCAUAGAUUUCCCGGAGCUCGGGCAGCAACGCGCCAAGCUCGAGGCUUAUUUAAGGAACCAUUUCGUGGGCCGAGAAGAGGAAGCGCUCAAGCACAGGUACCUCACGUUGCUGCACAGCGUGGUCCGCGAGUCGACCGUGUGCCUGAUGGGCCACGAGCGGCGGCAGACGCUGGCGCUGAUCGAGGCGCUGGCGUGCCGGGAACUGUGCGCGCGGACGCCGGUGCUGGUGCAGCCGUACUACCUGUGCGUGUGCACCCCCUGCCCCGCCUGCGCCUACACAGCCUGCUGCGAGUGCUGCCGGCCGGCGCUCUGCCCCGCGUGACCGCCGUACCCUGACCUUCGUUAUAGUGCCAAAUGUAUAUAAUACUAAAACACGUAUGUAAUAUAUGUAUUCGCCGAUAAGAGCGAUCGUUUUAGGGUCGGUUUCAAAAAAAUAUAUAUAUAUGACGCUUGAAAGGCAAACGUGACUAAGCAGCGACAAUGCGUGAACUUUACAGUAUUACUGGUGGUAGGACCUCUUGUGAGUCCGCGCGGGUAGGUACCACCGCCCUGCCUAUUUCUACCGUGAAGCAGUAAUGCGUUUCGGUUUGAAGGGUGGAGCAGCCGUCGUAACUAUACUGAGAUCUUAGAACUUAUAUCUCAAGGUGGGUGGCGCAUUUACGUUGUAGAUGCCCAUGGGCUCCAGUAACCACUGAACACCAGGUGGGCUGUGAGCUCGUCCACCCACCUAAGCAAUAAAAAAAAGACUAAUUUAAAGUUGAAAUACCUGAAAAAAAAUCUAUUUUAACGAAUCUAGCUGUAGGAUUGAAAUGAUUUUUAUAGACCUAGAAAUAUAUUUUUAUUUGCGCAUCAAAUAUGAUUAUUGCCUAUCAUUUAUGUACAAAGCAGUUAUUGUCGCUUAGUCACGUUUGCCUUUCAAGCGUCGAUAUGUAUUCAAAAAGUUAAAUGCGUCGCCGGACGCGGAGGAGCCUGUCAAUUCGAGCCCAUACGUCGCGUCCCGGAGCAAUUCAUCACGUCAAUUGUCGGCCGGCUCGCCGUGCAGCGCCAUCGCGGCACCCAGGGGCGCUAGGUCGUAAAACUGAUUCGUGAAAUAAUUUCAGAUCGUACUCCUGUCGUGUUGAUAGCUUAAUAUGUUAGCAGUACGAAAAUUAUUCACGUAAACCAGACCGGAUGCGCUGUCGGAAGACGAAUCCGAGUCGAUAGUCUGCCUAAAAAAAAAGACUAGUUAGUUAUUCUUGAUAGGUUAUUUUCCAUAAAUUUAAAGGCAUGUCUCUCGCCGUGAUCAGUUAUCGGAAUUCCGAUUGAAGUCAGGUUGAAUCACUAAUUUAAAAAAAAAACUGCAAGCAAUUAUUGUUCUAUUAUGAGAAAUGUCCGAUUGAUAGUUGGAAAAAUAUGGAUAUUUUUUGUAGGAUCAAUCAAUGUGAACGAGUCAAGCCUUUUAUCUGACGGCUCUUGGCGCGAUAAUAUAAUCCAUUAUUUUGAAUAAUGAUAAUGAAUAAACCUAGGAGUGACCGGCCGCGAUCCGUGGUUCGAGUUUGAACACAAACAUUAAUAAACUCCGCACGUCACUUCGAAUUCUAUUUUAUUAUGUAUUUUUAAAUGAAACAAUACGAACUGAAAUCGUGUAUCUAAUAUAUAACAAAGUCUUAAGUGGUUUCUCUAGUAUUGUAUACGGCUUGGCGUAGCUAAGUUACAAUUAAGUCAGAAAAACAUUAAAAUCGAAAAAAAAAAAACAACUAAGGUGUGUACAAUAUUAAAGUUCACGCUUUUAUUUUAAUUAUUUGAAAUAUUAAUAGAAAUAUUUUUAUGGAUAUUUACAAGUAUAAAAGUCACUUUAUAAAAUACAGUACUUAUGAAUAGUUACAUAACUAUUUUUCAUCGAUUGCUGCAUGAAAAAAAAAAAGAUGUAAAUUGUAUAAAAAAUGUGAUUUUAUUGUUGUAGAUAUGUUCGUCGUUGAUUAUUGUAUGAUUACUUAAAGUAUAAAAAUAUGUCUCGAAGGAAGCGGCGCGAGGUCGGAACGGCUUUUUAAAAUAAAAUAAAUAAAUAAAAGUUUGUGACUUAUUUCUUUAUCAGAAAUCAAGAUUAAAAUUUAAAUCAAGCUAUAAAAGAAAUCUCCUAAAAUUUAUGGAAUCGCAUUAAAUACGUCUAAAACACUAUUACCGUCAAUUACAACAAACAAAAUGAUGCUUUAUAAAAGUUUGAAACAUUUAUAUCCGACCUAAUGCCUCUCUGAUCUCGAGAUAUGUAGUUUAAAAUUCGAUAGAGAAAUAUAACUGUUGCAUAUUUAACGAGAGUAUAUUAUGAACGACGGUGUUAACGUGUCCGGCCAAUAAUGUGCGUGUCUUAGAUUAUUUGCCAACGCAUAUAAAUAUAUUAUAUAGUAUUGUGUAUCAUUGUAGGGCUUCGUGAGCAGUAUAUUGUUGAAACAUUUUUUAGUAGUUGAAUUUGCAAUUAGAAUUAUUCAAGUACAAUUCACUGUUAGUGUCGUGUCUUUUUGGUCUUUAAAAAAAAGUAUUGUAAUGAACGAAUUUCUAACUUGCUCAUUGUGUAAUCAAAAUUUAAGAUCUCAUCUCUUUAAAACAAAAUUCCUUUAUAUCACUUACUCGUUGUACUGUCUCGUAUUUAUUAAAUAUAUUAAUAUUAUAAUGAUCUAGAUUCUAGAUCUAGGAGUCGUAAUUCGUUCCGUCUCAUUUUUCUUGAACACAGAAAUAUAAGUAAUGAUUACUAGCGUACUUAAGUAUCUGUGUAUUAGUUACAAAAUUUGAAUACAUUUAAAAAUAUUCAAUGUAAUGCGCUAGAACGCAACAAUAUAGUAUACAUAUAUCUCUAUACACUACUCAAUAUGUACUUAGAUGUAAAGCAAAGUACAUAAGAUUAACGAAAAUUUUAAGUAAUUAAUUACAAAAAUGUAAGUAUUUGUGAAAUUUUUAUUACAUAUAAGGUAACUUGAUGUAUUGAGACAGGCGUUAAUUGUGACUGUAGAUUUUUCGAUAAAAGUUUAUCGUCUUUAAAAUGUUGUAGUGAUUUUUUCGGAAAUAUCUGUGAUCGACACACAUUCUAUACUGUAGAUCGGCUAUUAGAAUAGUUAAAACAACAUCCACGUGUUUGGAUUCGAUAAGUGCACUAUACAUAAGAUGUGUUUGUUACUACAAAGUUAUGUAUUAGAUUCCCGUGUAAUGCUUGGCGUUUAAGACAGCGCUUAUGAUAAUGUCGUCUAUAAUUGAAAAUCUAAAACUUGAUCAACAAAAGUUCCUCAAAAACAACUCAAACAUUUGGCCUAAAAGUGCUUAAAGCCCGUUAUUUAAGCUCUUGUAUGUUUCUCUAUAAAAUGAUUCGCCAACAAAAACUAUCUACUGAACAAUUUAUUUGAAAAUAAAGCAGAGAGACAUUGCAAAAUUCAUAGUUAAGUUUUAUUUUUAUAUUUUUUUUUCUAAAGUUACCAUCAGUUUUCAGCUAGCUUUUUAUUCUUUUUAAUAAAGUUUUUACUCUAUAUUCACUGGUCAAAAUGGCGUUUGCGUGCGAUAGCGAAGUUUGAUGCAUGUUUAUUUUGUAGGUGUAGUUUUAAGGAAAAUUGUCACAUCCCUGCAUUUAAAACACAAUUUUAAAGAAAAAAUAUUAAAAAAAUAUAUAAUUUAAGUGAAAAACUAAAAUUUAGUGUUUUAUAUAUAGGGAAACUUCAAUUUAAAAUGGGUAUUAAAAACGAGAUUAACUUUCAAUUAACUUUCUGCAAAAAGUUAUUGCUAAAACAAGAUCUGUAGAUCUAGAGACUAAGUUUUAACAAAUAGCGUUGAAGCUAGAAGCAAGCAGUUAUCUUGUUCGAACAUCAAAUUGUCUUAUAAAAUUUUAAAGCAAAGUUUUAUAAAUAGUGUUACAUGACAAAAAAUCUUCACUCAGAAUUUAAAUAUUACAGUGAAGUAUUCUAAACAACAUGGCUUACUUUGAUGACACGAUGAUUACGUCUGUUGACAUAACCAAAAGAAAGCCAAUAGAAUAUUCCGAUGAAGAUACGUUAAAUGAAUUUUAAACUAAAAACAAUGUAGGUAAUAACAUACAUACAAAUACACAAGCAUUUAUUUACCUGUACCGAAGGAAUUAUUAAUGGAAGAUUGGAAGUCAAAACGAGUGUAGAUGGGAGAAUACUUUUCAAUUUCUUUUAUUUUUCUAUUAACAGUAGUAGAAAGAAUAUACUAGCAGUUGUGUUUGAAGACGCCUUGGUGUCUAUUUUGAUAAACUACACUCGAGAAGAAUGAGGACAGAGUGUUUACAAAUAUGAAAGAUGUAGAGUUGUGAACGCAAACGCCGAACGAAGCAAAGGCUCGUUCCAACAACACUGAAAAUAUCUUGGAACAGUAGUCAUGGUAUAGUUUAUUUAAUGAUUUAUAUGUUCAGUAACCUAGGUGACCUAAGUUCAUAAAUCAGAUAUGCAAAAUGUAUAUAUUUGAGUAACGACUGAUGCACUUGAGGUUUCCUUGUCUCUAUGUGGCCUAGCGAUGGAAUGUGAACAAUUUUACCUGUUUAUGUCAUACAAAAGAAUAAAGUACUUUCUUAAAGAAUUACUUCUAAAAUUCACAUCACUAAGCUGCUAGCGUGGCGGUCUUCGUAUUUGUAGCUUUUGCAUAUGAACAUAAUGUUGAUGGUGAGACAUCUUUUGAACGGAUUAGCAAUGUAUACAAUUAAUCUUACUGCAUUCGAGUCACACCUUUGAAAAGAUGUAUAUAAUUUGUUCUAUUACUAAGAUCACUUAGAAAGAUGAAGCCUUAAACGUAUUAUACCAUGCCCCAACUGUUCCUGAUUUUUUUCGGUCUCAUGGAGCGAAGCAAUGUUGUUGAUCGCUCAUAUGUUAAAAGCGAUAGCACGACAUGAACAGACUCUCUAAUAUAGGGUUGCUAGCUCAUAAUGCCUUGUAUAAGCUUACUGUUAGUUUUAGUUAUGGUCGAACGCAAACACGUGACGUCACAAGACAGUAUACAAUCGCCUGGAUGGCGCUGCUGAAUUUGUUGCUGUAGUUUCGACCUAUAUUUACAUAAUUAUAGUUAUUAUUCUUUUUCAAGUUGCCUGUUGCGUGUACGAUGCGUAUAUUUUAUACGCUAUAUUGUUACGAUACAUAAUGAUUACUAUAUAUUUGUGAGGAGUUUUAAGCUAUUGUAAAUUUACAGAAAAAAAAAUUAAAUAAAAUGUUGUGAAAAAAAAUAAAUUAUAAAAAUGUGAUAUAAACAAUGGAAA